UAAACAAAACAUUGUGAUGUCUAAACAAUAUGGACUUAUAUUGCCUGGUCAAAAGAAAGCGCCAAAUCCAGCUCCUCGGUCGAGCGAAGGUCUCAAACCUUCAGUUUUUGAUGAAAGUAGUGAAUCUGAAGAAGAUAAUGCACCACCACAUUUGAAAAUGAAAAAAACUCCCCUGGGACCAGGUUUAAUGGAAAGACGAAUGGCCCGAAGUAUACAGGAGAAAGCCUUAGAAGAAGACCCGACUGUAUUUCAAUAUGAUGAGUUAUAUGAUGACAUGGAAAAUAAGCGUGAAAAUGAAAAAGACAUCAAAAAGAGAGAACCAAAAAAAUCAAAAUACAUAACACGGCUACUCGAAGUUGCUGAACGACGUAAACUGGAAAAUGAAUUACGCAUCGAACGUCAAGUCCAAAAGGAACGCGAAGCUGAGGGUGAAGAGUUUAAGGAUAAAGAAAUUUUUGUUACUGCUGCCUAUCGCAGCAAACUAGAAGAAAUGCGUAAGUUAGAAGAAAGUGAGAAACGUGAUGAAUACCUCGAAGACAUUGGAGACGUCAAAAAGCAAAAAAAUAUUGAUGGCUUUUAUCGUUACUUGUAUGAACAAAAAACCGAAAAAACCGAACCCAAAGAAGUGCAAAAACCAACCUUACCUGAAGUAUCUUCAAAUGAUAAUGAAAUGGAAUACAAACCCAUUAAAUCCAACAAAUCGCAACGAACCUACCGUAAACGACAUUCAUCCGACGACGAUGAUGCUGAUGUUAAGGAAAAGGAUGCACCAAUAUCAGAAACCAAGAAAAUGCAUUUACAGAAUAAUAUAGAUGCAGACUCAGAUUUUAGUAUAGACUCCUCUUCUGAUGAUGAUGAAGGUCGUGAUGAUCUUCCUAAUAAAAAAAUGAAGAAAACUAAUGAUAUAAAAAAUGAAAAAAACAAGGAGAAACUUAGUCCAAAAAUUAAAAUAGAUUCAACAAAACUUGCUUUAAAGCUGGAUAAAUUAAGAAAGGAAGACGAUGAACCUGAAACUAAAUCGAUUGAAAAUGAAGAUAAUAAAACGGUAACCGAUAUGAUAUUUACAAAAGAAAUCAAAGAAACUAAACCCAAAAUAGAUAAAAGUGAAAUAUGGAAAAAGCGAACUGUUGGAGAUGUUUUCGAUGCAGCUGUGCAGCGUUACUUUGAACGUAAAGCAGCCAAGAGUGGAUAAAUCGUGUGGAUAAAAUAUGUAAUUAAAAAGAAAUUUAUUUGUUCAA